CAGCCCCGUCCGCCCAUGCCGGUGCCCAGCAGGCCCGUCGGGGUGGGGCGGUCGCAGAGCUGGGAUGCCGCCGGCUGGGGCGAGAGCCCCUGGGAGGCGGCCGAGGCGGCGGGCCGGAGCGCGCUGCCGGACGGGGGGCCCUGGCAUGAGGCGGCGCCCGACCUGUGCCAGGAGGCCUUCUACAGCGCCGUGGCCGGCAGGAAGGGCUCGGCGCCCGACUUCGCCUUCUACGGCAGCCGCCAGGCCGUGCUGGCCGCGCGCCUGCCGCCCCGGGACCCCGGGCCCCGGCCGCUGCCCGGCUACGGCGGCCGCGUGGCCUGGGAGCUCGUGCCCGGCCGGGGGGCCCCCCCGGACAUGGCGCCCCCGUACCGGGACCCCGCAGGUAAAGCGACGGCGCUGGGGCCGCCCGCCCGCUACGCCGGGGAGCCGGCCGCCUACGCCGCCGGCCAGGCCUACGAGGACCCGGCCCCCGCCCGGCAGGCGGCCCCCACCUGCCUGGUCGUGGACCCCGCCGGGGCCGCCCCCAACGGGGGCCCGGGCGGCGCCCACAGGCCGGCCCGCGAGAGCGGCGAGGCGGACCUGAGCCUCCCGGGGCCGGGCCGGCGGGCGCCGCCCGAGUUCCUGGCGCUGCUGCGGGCCGAGGGCCUGGCGGAGGCCACGCUGGGGGCUCUGCUGCAGCAGGGCUUCGACUGCCCGGCCGUGCUGGCCUCGCUGGAGGAGGCCGACAUCAAGUGCGUGGCCCCCAACCUGGGCCAGGCCCGCGUGCUCAGCCGCCUGGCCGGCCACUGCCGGACCGAGAUGCAGCUGCGCAGGCAGGGCCCGGGCGGCCCCGCGCCCCGCACCCGCUCCGGCAGCUUCGGCCACCGCGCGGAGCUGCUCGGCGACCCGCAGCCCCAGCCCCUGGGCCCCCUGCAGGCCGCCCCCCGCGGGGACCCCGCGCGCCGGCCCUCCAGCGCGCCCUCCCAGCACCUCCUGGACACGGCCGCCUGCCCGGCCCCCCACUUCCCCGCCGACUCCGGGUACGGCUGCCCCGCGCCCUGCGCCCUGACGGCGCGGCCGGGCCCCGCAUACCCGCCCCCGGCGCGGACGGCCUACUCCACGGCGUACACGGUGCCCAUGGAGCUGCUCAAGCGGGAGCGGAGCCUGCACACCGCGCCCCUGCCCGGCGCCCAGCCCCUGCGGAAGCCCCCGGCCCCCGGGGAGCCGGCCGGCCCGAGCCUGCACACGCCGCACGCGCCCUACCAGAAGGUGGCCCGGCGGACCGGGGCGCCCAUCAUCGUGUCCACCAUGCUCGCCCCGGAACCAAGUAUCCGCCCCCAGAUCAUGAACGGCCCCCUGCACCCCCGGCCCCUGGUGGCGCUGCUGGACGGCCGCGACUGCACCGUGGAGAUGCCCAUCCUCAAGGACCUGGCCACCGUGGCCUUCUGCGACGCGCAGUCCACGCAGGAGAUCCACGAGAAGGUGCUGAACGAGGCCGUGGGCGCCAUGAUGUACCACACCAUCACCCUCACGCGGGAGGACCUGGAGAAGUUCAAGGCCCUGAGAGUGAUCGUGCGGAUAGGGAGCGGCUACGACAACGUGGACAUCAAGGCGGCCGGCGAGCUGGGGAUCGCCGUGUGCAACAUCCCGUCGGCGGCCGUGGAGGAGACGGCCGACUCCACCCUCUGCCACAUCCUCAACCUGUACCGGAGGAACACGUGGCUGUACCAGGCGCUGCGGGAGGGCACGCGGGUGCAGAGCGUGGAGCAGAUCCGAGAGGUGGCCUCGGGGGCAGCCCGCAUCCGCGGGGAGACGCUGGGCCUCAUCGGCUUCGGUCGCACGGGGCAGGCAGUCGCCGUUCGAGCCAAGGCCUUUGGCUUCAGCGUCAUCUUCUACGACCCCUACUUGCAGGAUGGGACCGAGCGGUCCCUGGGCGUGCAGAGGGUCUACACGCUGCAGGACCUGCUGUACCAGAGCGACUGCGUGUCCCUGCACUGCAGCCUCAACGAGCACAACCACCACCUGGUCAACGACUUCACCAUCAAGCAGAUGCGGCAGGGCGCCUUCCUGGUGAACGCGGCCCGCGGCGGGCUGGUGGACGAGAAGGCCUUGGCCCAGGCCCUCAAGGAAGGCAGGAUACGAGGCGCAGCCCUGGACGUGCACGAGUCGGAGCCUUUCAGCUUUGCUCAGGGGCCCUUGAAAGAUGCACCGAACCUCAUCUGCACGCCCCACACGGCCUGGUACAGUGAACAGGCCUCGCUGGAGAUGCGGGAGGCCGCCGCCACCGAGAUCCGCCGCGCCAUCACGGGCCGCAUCCCCGAGAGCUUAAGGAACUGUGUGAACAAGGAAUUCUUUGUUACAACGGCUCCUUGGUCAGUAAUAGACCAGCAAGCAAUCCAUCCAGAGCUCAACGGUGCCACUUACAGAUACCCGCCGGGCAUCGUGGGCGUGGCCCCGGGGGGGCUUCCUGCCGCCAUGGAGGGCAUCAUCCCCGGAGGCAUCCCUGUGACGCACAACCUGCCCACCGUGGCGCACCCUUCCCAAGCCCCCUCUCCCAACCAGCCCACCAAGCACGGGGACAAUCGGGAGCACCCCAACGAGCAAUAGCAGAGGAUGACCACGGUCAGCCUGGGACCAAGAGACAGUGGACAACAGAGGAGCUGAGAGGAGAGGAACGGGCGUCCGCACUGUCACCAGUGUGACCACCACAAGAGCUGGAAGCCGAGACGCGGGCAGCGGAGGGAGGCCCGGAAAGACAGGACGUGACUGAUUAACGACCAACUUCUGUUACUGUGUGUUAAGUUCUUCAUCUGUGCAUCCGAUCACAAAGAGUAGACCCUUUUCCUUUACCAGCCCCUGGGGCACCGCAGGUCCCGGGCACCUGGCUGUACAGAAGGUUGUUGCGUCAGGAGUUCCAAACACCAAUAAAAACAUUGCGAGGCAAUCCCCGUCCUGUGACUCUCGUCCCUUCGGUCCUCGGGGCUGGUCACCUCUUUGCUAAUAGGAAGACUGCAUUACUGCGAAACCGGGAGGAACCGUCUGCCUGGGUCAGACCGCUCGCUGCCCGCACGGACGGAAGACGGUCGCUCCUGGACAGAAGUCUCCCGCCCGAACUGCAUACUGAGCGGGCGAGUGGUUGUGAGUUACGUAAUACCCCUCUAAUGAUGCAAAAA